AUGGCGCACGCUGCCCCUGAUCUCACGUCAUGUCUCGGCUCCGGCGAUAAUAUGUCGUGCAAACAAAAAGAUCGCAAAUUGCCUAGUUCUCACGCUGAUGCCCGCUCGGGCGGGUCGGUGUUGGUACAAAACCGCGAUGGUCCUUCUUCCGGCUGUCAGCGUCUUGCGCCUCAGAAUUUCGUUUGGCGUCGUGCUGCCUCGAAUCGCCCUACUUCGAGCAGUUCAACGGCCGAAUCUGCUUCCGCUGACGACGGCGACAUGGCCGUGGACGUACCGGUUCUCCGCGAGUGUUUCGAUCCGUGGCGUCGUGACCGCCCGGAGGAAGACGAUGGCCAAGCCGGGCGCUGUCAAGGAUGCGACAAGAUCUCGAGGGACAGGGCUGCGGCGGCUGCGAUUGCUGCGGUUUCGACUGCCGUUGCGGUGAGCCCACAACCAACCUCACCUCGCGGUAAUCCGACCAUGGCGAGCCUCCAGGGCCGCGAGCUCGAUGACGGCUGUCCCGACACCGCUCCCGACCAACUGCAGGAACUCCGCCACGACGGCUCCGUCCUCGCGAUCGCCGUCUCCGACACCUACAUCUUCGCGGGCACGAGCAAAGGCGAGAUUGCCGUCUGGUCUCUCGGCACCUACCAGCUCGUCCAAACCAUCCAAGCACACAAACGCAGCGUCCUCUGCCUGCUGCUUUCCGAAGACAAAAAGUAUCUCUUCUCCAGCGCCUGUGAGCCCAUUAUCGGCGUCUGGUGCCCCAAAACAUUCACCCGACUCUACGAGAUCUACAGCACGUACGACGUCGGCGACGUCUUUAGCGUCGCGUACUCCGCACAACGCGAGACGCUGUAUUUAGGCACACAAACGCAGGAUAUCCAAUGGAUUAGCCUGCGGGACCCGUCUCGGAGGGUGUCGCACGAUUCCGCCAAUCAUCCAGAUAAACGACAACAUCGAUUCUUUGACUCGCGCGCGGUCGGUGGGACGUCGACACCCAGACGGACAGAGGAACAUCAUGCGCGGAUACCCAAGGCUGUGGCUGUGCUGGAGAUUGAUGCGGGGGCCAUCCGGCAGUAUGCGCAUUAUGGUUGGGUGUUUUCCAUGCUCGUAGCAAAGGGGCCGACUGUGCUGGGUGAUCCGGAUGAGGAGGUGCUAAUCUCGGGCGGUGGGGAUGGGACCAUCAAACUAUGGAGGCUUUCGGAUGAGGGGCCAGAUCACGACGAUGGGGUGCUAGGGGAUAUUGAGGAGUUGAUGACGUUGGGUGAUGAUGAUAGCGAGUCGAUUAUGUCGAUGGCGGUCGAUGGGUCAUUCCUGUAUGCUGGGAAGUUACAGGGGAUCAUUGAGUUGUGGGAUCUCGACACGAAGCAGAAGUUACGGGUGAUCAAGGCACAUAACGGGAACGUCAACACCCUCAAGAUGAGCUUUGGAUUGCUGUGGAGUGGUGCCACUGGGGGUUCGGCUUCGAAACACAGCACAAUCCACUACGGCCGGGACAAAAACGGAGUUCCCCAAAAUGUCAGCCAAAAGUACCAAUGCCUCAGUCGAUGGAAGGCCCAUGAUGCCAAGAUCUUGUCGUCAGCCGUGGCCACAUACGCCAACGACCAGCUGUUCAUCACAGGAGCCAACGACAACACGGUGCGCGUGUGGCGUGUUAACGGCAUGCCCACGCAGGCCGAGGAGGAAGUUGAUGGGUCUCAAGAUAUGCUCAUCACGUCGCUGCGGGAAUUUGUUUCGUUCAAGACCAUCUCAUCGCGCCCCGAGUUCACCGAGGACUGUCGUAAAGGCGCCACGUACCUCGGCUCGCUGUUCAAGAAACUGGGCGCCGAAGUCGAAAUGCUGAGCACCGGCGGCCUUCACAAUCCGGUUGUGUUUGCCAAAUUUAGUGGCAAGCUUGAGCCUGCGGAAAAGCGAAAGCGGAUUCUGUUUUACGGGCACUACGAUGUUGUCCCGGCCGAUCUGAAGGGAGAUAACUGGCAGACGGACCCUUUCAAGCUGGAGGGCCGCGAUGGGUACUUGUACGGGCGUGGCGUCAGUGACAACAAGGGGCCGAUUAUUGCGGCAUUGUACGCCGUAUCCGACCUGCUGCAAGCUAAGGUUCUCGAUUCAGACAUCGUUUUCGUCAUCGAGGGCGAGGAGGAGUCCGGCUCGCGCGGCUUCCAGGAGACGAUUCACAAGCACAAGGACCUGAUCGGCCACAUCGAUUACGUCCUGCUUGCCAACAGUUACUGGCUCGACGACCAAGUGCCGUGCCUCACGUACGGCCUGCGUGGCGUCCUCCACGCAACAGUGUGCAUCGACUCCAAGCACCCAGAUCUCCACUCCGGUGUCGACGGCAGCAACCUCCUGUCCGAACCCCUAACCGAUCUCACGCUCCUUCUCGGCACCCUCAAAGACGCCCGCAACCACGUCAAAAUCCCCGGCUUCUACGACGGUAUCCUGCCACUGACCCAGGAAGAAGACCAACGCUACGACGAAAUCGCCGGCAUCCUAAUCCGGCGCAACCCAUCCCACGGCCCCAUCGACGCCCUCAAGCGCAGCCUCAUGGCCCGCUGGCGGGAACCCAACCUCACCAUCCACCGAUACAACGUUUCCGGUCCCGACGGCAGCCUGAUCAGCAGCCACGCGACCGCCAACGUCAGCGUGCGCCUCGUCCCCGGACAGGAAGUCGAAGAGGUGAUCGAGGCCCUGCGCGAGUACUUGCGGGACCAGUACGCGCAGUUCGGUAGCGACAACACCCUGACCGUGAGCAUCGACAACAAAGCCGAGCCGUGGCUAGGCGUGCCGGGGAACUACAUUUUCCGCACGCUUGAGGAGGCGGUGAUGCGCGCGUGGAGCGGUAUCGCUCCCCCGAGCAGCAGCACUUCUACAGACGGCAGCAGCAGCGGCAGCAGCAGCAACACAGUGACCUUACCGCCGAACGCAACGGAUGGUGAGCACAAGCCUAAGUGCCGCAAGCCACUGUACAUUCGCGAGGGUGGGUCGAUUCCGCCGAUCCGGUUUCUUGAGAAAGAGUUCAACGCGCCGGCGGCGCAUUUGCCGUGUGGACAGGCGAGUGAUGCGGCGCAUCUAGAUAAUGAGAGGUUGAGGGUGCUGAAUUUGGUCAAGAGUCGGGAGAUUUUUAGUACGGUGUUUCGGAAGUUGUAG